UAUGCCAUCCUCGAAGGAUUGACUCUUUUCCAAAGGGCGUAACCUCCCAAGUUACUAAAUCUGUUGGGAAAACUUAGAAAGGGUUUCCCUCUGGGACUCCUACUUUGCCACUUCUGAAAGUCCCCACCUGAUUAAAAUACUUGGCAGGUAUUUCCCUAAGCCAUUCCUCCCCCGCCUCCCUUCCCCCACUGGUUCCAUCUUUGACAAGCCUGUUACCACUGAGAUGCAGCUGAACAAAGUUGGGGUGAGGGGUGGAUACCCCGCGGUGGUGCGUGCUGGGCUUCUGGACUGGGCUGCCUGGUCCUGGAUACAGAAUUUUUUUGGGGUAGAAGCAAAUUAAAUUGUCAAGUUUACACUGAUGAUCAAACAUUUAAGGUUCUUAGCAAGAUCCCCCUUACUCCACCGUUACUAAUAGAAAAAGAGAAAGAUGUUUCCUAAUGUCCACAAUUUGCAGUUCUCUGAAUGGAUCAUAGUUUUAAUUUGUCCCCUUCAUUCAGCUCUAUCUCUAAAAGAGUAGUCACUGUUGAACUUCAUAUUCUGCCAUCUAUUUGUGUAAAAUAAAUAGAAAGACAUAAUUGCUAGCCAUUCACAACAACAUAGAGGAUUAGUACAAAUCCUAAAUGAUAAUUUAAAAUGCAAUGAUUCUUUUUAAAAAAGGAGAUACAUGAUAAAGAACAGUUUUCCUUAAGGUGUCUGACACCAUCAGCCUGCAAUGAAUGUACUUUCAAAAAAUUAAGGAACUUUCUUUUUUAAAAUUUGGUACUAUUUCAAAUGGAAUUCUUUUCUUAUUUGCUUAAACACCUUUCACAUGAUAUAAAAUAUUUUUCAAAAAAUAUUGCCUAAACUUAAAAUACAGUUUUCAGUAUCAGCCAGCCUCAAACAAAAAGCUCUUUAAAAGUCUCAUUAAUUUCUGGAUCUGUUCUUUCCAAGAUGCCAAAACUCUAUCUUUUAUUGUUAUUAUUUAAAUUGCUAAUCUUGUCCAUGAACUCUACAAUUAAAGAAAAUCCUAAAAAAAAUAAACAUUUUAGUUUGUAAAUUCUUAGUGCUUAAGAUAGAAAUUUCUUUCACAGUAUUGACUGUUCUGCUGUAAUGGACAUUAAACAAAUAAAUAUUUUAAAAAGAGGGAUAGUUAUUGAAAUUAGAUUGCUGUUUUCUUAAAGUACUCCUGGAAAAAACAAAUAAAGUAUGUCAUUUAUUUGUUCCUUUCCUUUUCUAGCACAAUUUCGCGAAGAAGUACAAAAUACAUUUGGGGUAGAAUGUAUUUAUCGUGUGCCAGUCUAUCUGCAUAUAUGAUGAGGCUUGACCAUUUCUUUGCACAAUGUAUAAGUCUGUGGUGUGUCUUGCGGAAAUGAAAGAACAGAUUGCCAUCCACUCGUGUAAGUCUUUGAUGGAACUGUUCACAUUGCAGCCAGGAGAGUCCCAGCUUCAUUAUUACUGAUAAUACUAUUUUGUUAAAUAUCAGCUUUGAUAUGCUUAACUAAUUACCCAGUUUCACUUAUUUUCCUCUAAAUUUUAAUUGAUAAGAUAGCUCAAUGGUGUUAAUUAAACCUCUCCUUACAGAGGCAAUUUCUUUGUAUUUCUUAAUGUUUGUCUUUCUAGCUAUGGAAUUUACACUAAAAACAUUUCUGGGGGAAGUGAAUGUAUCUAUCAUUUUUGGAUUGUUUAAAACUAUUAAUAAAAUAUUAAAACUGUUUCUGGGUAAAAAUAGAAUAGAUUCUAUGUAGAGUAGGAACUUGUUUUCUUCACCUCCUUUGUGCAAUAUUUUCUCGGGUCUUCCCACACCUGGGGAGCAAUUUAGACAUUUUGUAAAAGAUUUCCACCUCCGAAGCCCAUGCAAAAUCAUGCUAAUUUUUGAAAAAUAAUUCAGGAGAAACCUGAAGAUAUUUUGGGGAUGGGAGGUGUAGCCUCCCAUGGCACUCUCAGACAAGCAACAUUGUUGGUGCAAGGGGCGAAAAUACGACCUGUUUACAUGUGUAUUCAGCCAUGAAAUUGAAUAUUAUCAACGUUUAAAAAAUGCAAAUCAAAUUAAAACCAGGGGAAAUCGUCUUUGGAAUUACAGCAGCCUGGACCCACAAAGUAUUUGCUUAUAUUGAAGCUUUUAGAAAAUGAAUAAACUUCUAAAUAUUCCCGCUCCCCGCACUGCCUUAAGUACGAAAUGUGUUCUUUAAUUCUACUGGAAAUAUAUUGGGGCUCAGGCAUCAAUUAUUAGCCCUAGACAUCCAUCACUUUGGAAUAUAACUUUUCUUCAACAAUUAAAUGUCUCCCUUUGUACCUGUUACUAAAGUCAGGCCCGCGUCAAAAACCGAGCGGCACCCGCUUUUCUCAUUCCGAAGUCAGGACCAAGUCUCCGGCGGUCAGACACGUUUGUGCUCCCUGCGGGUGGCGGGGGAACCCUCUGCGCAGCUCCGCGAAGCCAGCCGCCCCACGCCCGGGUCAGCUGAGCCCCCGACACGCUGGGAGCCUCCGGGCGCGCGGACCCGGCUGUCCCACGUCCGGGUGCGCAAAGCGCGGAGACGCGGCGGAGCGCCGGGUCUCGCCCGCCCUAGGCUCAUUUUGGUAGCACCGGACUUCCCGGGCCUCGGUGCUGGAGGCCGAGAGAGGGAAGUGCCAGAUACAUGUUUUUUGGAAAACAAAAGAGAAUCGGGGCCUAGAAAAGCAAUGGCCAGAGGGGCGGUCAUUCUUGCCUUCUUCCAGAUCCUAAAGCGCAGCGAGGGCAACUCGAGGUGGCCGCUUCCACCCCUGCCGCCUGGGCGCCACGAACUUCAUUUCUGUCUGCGGCUUCCGCCUGCUGCCGCGGUCGCGGGCGCCGGGAGCUGCAGGCAGGUGCCCGGCGGCCGCGUCCGGACCGAGCGCGGGGCCCGGGCGCAGGGUGCACAGGUGCCGCGGACCCGCCUGCGGCCGGCGUGGGAGCCGCGCAGGCAGCCACGCCCCCGAACCCUAGCUGGGACCGCCGCGGCGGCUGGGAUGUCCUGGAGGGCCUUGGGGAAGCUUGCAUCUCUCCGUGUCCUCUGAGGAUUUUAACUGGUCCCGCGGCCCCAGCGCCGGAGCCAGGGUACGGCCGCGAGCGCCCGGGGCGCCCUGGCGUUUUCUCCCCAGGGAGGGUAGGUGGUUGGCGGUCACUCCGGGCUCCCUCCCGGCCUCCUCAGUCCACGAGGAGUUGAGGAGCAGCCCUGUUCCAGACACGGAGGAAUCAGUCAGCCGACCGGGAAAAAGAAAGUCACACCUGUAAAGAAAUUGCACCUCAGCAUUUGCAUUAAUCUUGAGUUUCCAUGAAAAGUGGCAUUGAUAUUCUUCAAAAGCAGAAUUCUCACUCUUCAAAUUACUUCAAAAUGGAUGCUUAUCUUUCCUCAAAGUAAAAAGCCUCCCUGUGUACUUCCUGUUGUCUUUUCAGUUUUCUCCUGGCCUCAGGAGGAAAGCAAAAGGAGCAAAAGUGGGCUCUUACCAAUGUUAUUUGGCUCCUUAUGUUCACAGAUCAGCACACAAAGAUCCUGUCAUGGUUUUCCUGAUUUACCUAAGUCCACAGCCAAUAUUAACCAUUUUAGAAGCAAUUGUGAAGUAAAACACUUUCCUGUGCUGGGCUUGCCAAUACUUUUGAAUUUUUAAGUGAUGCUUGGGACAAGGGGUCAUCAUUUCUGCAGAGAAUGGACGGUUCCUUUUUAAUAAACACAUUCUGGCUUCAUUGAGAGUUAAUAUCGUCUCUGUGUUAGACUCUAAGUCAUCAUCUCUAUUUUGCAGAAUUUCUGGAAAAGAAAAUAAAGGAGGGAAUUUGAACACCUAGCUUGACUCUAAGAAAUCCCAAAUUCUAUCAAAAUGUUUGGCAGAAUUGCUGCUGUUGUGCCUGGAGUCAUAUGCAAAACAGAAAGCCUGAUACUGCAUUGUGGACGUAUACUAAGUGUUAUUUUAGCAGAGUUUGUCAUAAAACCUUUAUUAGCCAAGUUGUGUAAUAGAGCAACUAACUGUCUUUGUAUUUCUUCAAAAGAAACCUGUUUUCCUUCUUGGUACGAUGUGCUCUUUGUGUAUAGUAACAUGGCAGAAAAAAAUUGAAUAAGGAUACAUAGUUCUUAUUGUUAAAUAAUAAGGAUACAUUUAAGGAAUAUAUUUGAAAACGUUUUCAAGUCAAGAAAAGUUGCCCCAUGUAUGGAAUGGGUGGUGACCCAUUAUCUUGCAUAUUCCUUGCAAUAAAAGGUAUGUUUUAUGGAUUCAGUGUUAAUUUAGUUUUAGAGAUUUUUCAUUCCAUUUUCCACAUUUAAAAAUACCUUCACAACUUGAUGCAGACUAAAAGACAAGGAAGAAAUUCUAUGUAUUUCUCACAGCAGUCCACACUCUCUCUAGCAUUCUCCAGUAUUACAAUCCAGUAAUUUCUCCACAGUGAUGGUAUGCAUUUAAAUAGAAAACUUCAUUCACCUUUCAAACUGUCCUUGUGGGUAAGUUACAGGAUUUUUUUUUCUUUUCAUCUUGAAAAAAAAAAAGAACUGUCUUGAUAAAGGACCACUUGAACGAAAUUUUAAAUACUGUGGAAAGUUUGUGGCAUUUUUAGGGCACAGCCCUCGCCUUAUUUUCUUUCUGAUCUCAUCUUCUGAAUGGAUUUCUGUGUUGACCAUUCAGAGAGCUAGGAGGAGGGAAUUUGUCUUCACUGAGCUUGAGCGGUUGGUUCUAGAGAGGUGUACGGGAGACUCUGAUUUAGGGCCGUGUUUCAUCCAGCUCCUAUCCCCAUCUGCCCCUUCCCUCCAAAACAAAAACAAAUUUUAAAAAGCUUUCCCAUUUGGCCUUUGUAAAGGGUAAAUGAAAUUCCUGUCCCACACGGUAGCUAUGACAUUUUACUUGUCAUCUGUAAAAUGGGUCUUUUAUUUCUACAUUAAGCCUGGUAUGAAGGAAUCACUGGGGCUUUGUGGUCACAUCUCUUGGUAUUGGUGGAGAUCAGGAGCAUCCUGCACUCUGGCUAUCUUUAAAUAUGCUAUGCACACAUUGGAAGAGGAAAAUUAAGCAAUUAUUGAAGGGAAAAUAAGUUAGCUCAUGACACCUAGGCAGAUAGAUUAUCAGGCCAGCCUGCCUUUGUUCAUAUCUCAUUUCUUCAGUUUUCCAAGUCCGAAUAGGCGUCCAACAGCUGCAGUAUGCCUGCAGCCUGGAGGUCUUGUCUUUUUCCAUUCUUUUGCCCUCAAGUCAAACAGAAAAAAAAAAAUGUGCAUGCUUUCACUCUUACUCCUGAAUUUUUUACACUUUUUGUUCCUUUAAGGAUUAUAAAUGCUGACAUAUGAUUUAUAAAAUGCCAGAGGUAGCAGCCAUCUUAUUUUAUUUAUCUGAAUGUUUGCACCUACAUAUAUGUACUGGACUUCUGACUGUUCAUUUUUCUUCCCCUAAGAAAUGACAUUAAGAUAGCUCAACUCUAACAUGAUUACUAAAAAUACCUUUAGAGAAGUACUCAGUUUCUUCUGUUUAAUAAAUAUUUAUAAAAUAAACAUGGAUUGGAGUCUGGCUCCGUGUCAGGAUUCUGCUUAUGCAUGGAGCCUUGUCCCUGACAAGGAAGAUGGCUGCUUCGCCACUCAGCAACGACAUUUUCCAGCAUGAUUAAAUGUGGCUGUCAAAGUAGACAUACCCUGUUCUGGUGUGUUCUCUUUCCUCGUGGAGCUCAGCAGGCAUACAACUCUUAAAGGAUUUUCCAAAUGAUGAGUGAAGUUCACAUGUUAUCAUACUGGUCUAUAGGGUGCCGAAUAAGUGUUUAAAUCAUGGAGUAAUUAAAGCAUGGAUAAUAUAUGUCUUGAGUUCACCAAGGCUCUAGGCACAUAAGGCAUUUUGUUUUGUAAUGAGAACAGACUUUUCAAAACAUGGCAUCAGGUUACAGUUAACUUUUCCAACAAAAUUCUACUGGCUGCUUAACUC